GGAGGAUCACCUUCCUUGUUGGGUAAAGGGUAGGGUGGGAGGUCCUCCCUUUCUUUGUAGGCUUGCUACAGGCUUUGCCAGGAAGGAGCUGCAGAGCUCCAGGAAACCGGUGCUAAGGGAGUGCCAUGGCAGGACGUCCCUCUCCACCCUCCAAUUCCCACCAGAGGCCUCUCCCAUGACUAUUGGACGCUGUGCCUUUAAAAGCAGCCACUCCUCCUAGCAUCUAGGGUGUGGGGGUGAGAUGGAGGGAAGCUGACAGACUUACCCCAGCAGCUAAGGAAGAUGGCCUAGGUUGGAGAAGUUGCUCCCACGUCCUACUGUCCCCUUCCCUGAGCCAAGGGGUCUAGGGGAACCUUCCUACCCCAAGCGCGACACGAGAUGGCUCCGUGGCCUCACAAGAACGGCUCUCUGGCUUUGUGGUCAGAUGUUCCCACCUUGGACCCCAGUGCAGCCAACACGAGUGGGUUGCCAGGGGUGCCAUGGGCAGCGGCAUUGGCUGGGGCGUUGCUGGCGCUGGCCACAGUGGGAGGCAACCUGCUGGUAAUCGUAGCCAUUGCCCGCACGCCGAGACUCCAGAUCAUAACCAACGUGUUCGUGACUUCGCUGGCCACAGCUGACUUGGUAGUGGGACUUCUCGUAAUGCCACCAGGAGCCACAUUGGCGCUGACUGGCCACUGGCCCUUGGGCGCAACUGGUUGCGAGCUGUGGACGUCAGUGGACGUGCUCUGUGUAACCGCUAGCAUCGAGACCCUGUGCGCCCUGGCUGUGGACCGCUACUUGGCUGUAACCAACCCUCUGCGUUAUAGCACUCUGGUUACCAAGCGCCGCGCCCGGGCGGCGGUGGUCCUGGUGUGGAUCGUGUCUGCUGCAGUGUCAUUUGCGCCCAUCAUGAGCCAGUGGUGGCGUGAAGGAGCGGACGCCGAGGCACAGGAAUGCCACUCCAAUCCGCGCUGCUGCUCCUUUGCCUCCAACAUGCCCUACGCGCUGCUCUCCUCUUCUGUCUCCUUCUACCUUCCGCUCCUUGUGAUGCUCUUCGUCUACGCGCGAGUGUUCGUCGUGGCUAGGCGCCAACGGCGUUUGCUGCGACGGGAGCUGGGCCGCUUCCCGCCUGAGGAGUCUCCACAGUCUCCGCGCUCUCUGUCCCCUGUCACAGGCGGGACACUCGCGGCUGCGGACGGAGAGCCCUCCUGCGGCCGGCGGCCGGCGCGCCUCCUGCCACUCCGGGAACACCGCGCCCUGCGCACCUUAGGUCUCAUUAUGGGCAUCUUCUGUCUAUGCUGGCUGCCCUUCUUUCUGGCUAACGUGCUGCGCGCUCUCACGGGGCCGUCUAUAGUUCCUAACGGAGUUUUCAUAGCCCUGAACUGGCUGGGCUAUGCCAACUCCGCUUUCAACCCGCUCAUCUACUGCCGCAGUCCAGACUUUCGGGACGCCUUCCGCCGUCUUCUGUGCAGCUGCGGUGGCCGCGGGCGGGAGGAGCCACGCGCUGUCACCUUCCCAGGUAGCCCAGCCACCGCCGAGUCCAGGCAGAGCCCGCCGCUCAACAGGUAGAGGACACAGGCAAGAG